UCGGAGCAUCGGAGGCACAAUGGCCACUCACGUUGCCGGCAUAUUUGACGAAAACCUCCGGAACUCGGUCAAAUCCUGCAAAGUGCUGGUGGUGGGCGCCGGCGGAAUCGGCUGCGAGCUCCUGAAGAACCUGGUGCUGACGGGGUUCGAGGACAUCGAAGUGAUUGAUUUGGAUACCAUUGAUGUGAGCAACUUGAAUCGCCAGUUUCUUUUCCAAAAACAACACGUUGGCCGUAGCAAAGCAGAGGUUUCAAGAGAAUCUGCACUUCGUUUCAACCCUAAAGCUAAUAUUAAAGCAUACCAUGACUCUAUUACAACGUCAAAAUAUGGAGUGCCAUUUUAUCAAAAGUUCACCCUGGUGAUGAAUGCGCUGGAUAACAGAGCUGCGAGGAACCAUGUAAACCGAAUGUGCUUGGCCGCAGGGGUUCCUCUGGUGGAGAGUGGAACAGCUGGGUAUUUGGGACAAGUCACCGUUAUCAAGAAGGGAGUGACAGAAUGUUACGAAUGCCAGCCAAAGCCAGCACAAAAGACAUUCCCAGGAUGCACCAUCAGAAACACUCCUUCAGAACCUAUUCACUGCAUAGUGUGGGCAAAACAUCUCUUUAACCAGCUGUUUGGUGAGGCAGAUCCAGAUGAAGAUGUGUCACCAGACUCGGCAGACCCAGAGCAAGUGGGAGACGCAGGGAAGUCGGCCAUGGAGGCAGACGCCAACGAUGCUGGCAAUGUCUCCAGAGUCUCCACCAGGGCAUGGGCUUCCUCACACAAUUAUGAUGCAAAGAAACUCUUUGGAAAACUUUUUGAUGAUGAUAUCAAGUACCUGCUCUCUAUGGACAAAUUAUGGGAAAAGCGGAGACGGCCGACACCACUGAAUUGGGAAAACAUGCCAGAAGCAGAUGUUAUUGAAGACGGGGAAGGUUUGAUUCAGGACCAGCGCCCAUGGACCAUAACUCAGUGUCGAGACAUAAUGGGCUCCGCAGUUGCAAGCCUUCACAAACGUCUUGCGGGACUUCCAGAAGGGGAUGACCUGGUUUGGGACAAGGACGAUAAGGACAGUAUGGACUUCGUUACAGCGUGUGCAAAUAUCCGGGCCCACAUUUUUGGGAUUCCACAAAAGACCAGAUUUGAUGUUAAAUCAAUGGCUGGAAAUAUUAUCCCUGCAAUUGCCACCACAAAUGCAAUUAUUGCGGGUCUAAUUGUUUUAGAAGCUAUGAAGAUCCUGCAGGGAAGGUUUAAAGAUUGUAAAACAGUUUACCUAAACAGGAGACCAAAUCCCAGGAAGCGCCUCCUGGUACCUUGUGUUUUAGAUAAGCCCAAUCCUAAGUGCUACGUCUGCUCUGAGAAACCAGAAGUUUCGGUCCGACUGAAUGUAGAAAAGAUCACAGUUAAAGUGUUGGAAGACAGGAUACUGAAGUCAGCCCUCAACAUGAUUGCACCAGAUGUUGAGCUCUGUGAUGGCAAGGGCACAAUCCUCAUUUCGUCAGAGGAGGGAGAAACAGAGGCAAAUAACGAUAAGCUACUAAAGGACUUUGGCAUUCAAGAAGGGACAAGAUUGAACUGCGAUGAUUUUCUUCAAAAUUAUACACUUGUGGUUAAUGUAAUUCACAGUGAGAAGUUAGAUGAUGGUGCAGAAUUUGAGGUCAUUGGUGAUCCCGAUGAAUUGAAAAGAGCCCAAGAAGAAAAGGCUAAAGAGGAUGGUGUUGGAGAGACCUCGGCUGCAGCAAAUAAUGUUCCAGCAUCUACCACCGCAGCGUCAGAUGAUGAGUUGGUGUGCCUGGAUGACGACUAUGUCAAGAAGAGGAAGGCAGAGGAUGAGUUACAGAAUCCAACCAAGAAGAUGCGACCGGGCCCAGUGGAUGACGACGAUGAUUUGAUAAUAUUGUAGAGGACUCCAUAAGGAUGUAUGUUGUGUUUAUAAUUAGCAUUUCCUCUUCAAUUACAAAGGUAGUUUACAGAAAGUGAGCCAUUGUGUAAUUUUAUAUUUGAAUCUAGUGAUAGCAAAGUGUACCUUUUGAUUUUUGUAUGUAAUAAUAAUAAUAAUUAAGAAA